AUGACUGACAAAACAUUUCAAGAUAAAUUAAAAGAUCUCAAUUUAACAGGUGAUGAAUUAAAACGAUUUUCUGAUGCUUUUCAAAAUGAAGAAUUUCGUAAAUUAUUUGUUCAAUAUGCUGAAGAAAUAAAUGAUCCAAAAAAUCGUGAAUUAUAUGAACAAGAAAUUCGUACUGCUGAAGAACAACGUGGAUCAGAUGUAACAUUUGUACAUCCAAAUCCAGGUCAUGUACUUAAAACAACAAUUAAUGGUAAAACAAAAUGUUUUAUUAAUAUAGCAACAAAUGAGCAUGUUGAGAAACCAUCAUUUUCAAAAUCUAAUGAAUCAAAUGGGAAUAAAGGUGCACAUUGGAGUUUACCACAUUGUUUAGCUGGACCACAUGAAGAUAUUGAUCAUGAAUCAAAAUCAUGUACUGUUUAUGAUGUUAUUUUUUCACCGGAUACUUAUAGAAUGGCAGAAACCAAUGAAAAAUUUUUGAAUAUGCUCGAAGAAUCAGCAAUAGAUUCUGUAGAAAAAAAUUAUCAUUGUCAAAUUGAUAAAAAUAAUGUGAAAAGAUUAAAAAUGAAAUUUAAAGGCGUACCCAAAGCAACUAUCCUUAGAAAAAAGAAAGAAAAUCAACCACAAGAUACUGAACAAGACUUAAAACAUGAAACUGAUGAUAUAAUUGAAAAAGCUCGAUCAAAUGCAAAAAAUCAUAAAGUCGUUCUAUCAAGUCAUAAUCGUCCCACAAAUUCUCCACCAUCAACUAAUAUUACAUCAUCUCAGAUAGAUACACCAUGCACAGAUGAAAAUGGUUUUACUAUACCAACGUAUCGUAUAACUCAUCGUGGUGAAUUUGAUAUGCAAGAUUUGUCAAAUUCUCUUAUUCCACAAGUUCGUUCAAUGCGUCCAAAAGAAUUAGUUGUUGAAAUUGAUCUCCCCUUAUGUGCAUCGACUAGUAAUGUUGAUUUAGAUGUAUGUGAACGUUCAAUUAAACUUCAUUGUGAUUCACCAAAAUAUUCUCUUGACCUUCCAUUAUCUUAUCCUGUUCGUGAAAGUGAUAGUCAUGCACGUUUUGAUAAAAAACAACGGAAAUUACUUGUUACAUUAGCUGUUAUGAAAGAAACUCCGUCGAUUAUUGAAAUGAAUCCAAACAUUCCUAGUGAAGAAGCAAAUGAAGAACCAAUAACUUUAGCUCCAUCUAUAUCAACUAAUGAAUCAGUUGAAUCAAAUGAAAAACCUUCAAAUAUAACUUAUUCACCUAUUCCAUUUGAAUAUAAACAAGGUUUAGCUCAUUUAGCACUUGUUUUACAUGUAAAAAAUAUCGAUAAAACAAGUUUAAAAAUUGAAAAUGAUGGACAACAUAUAACUAUUCAAUUAUCAUCAUUAGGCUCAGGUUUUUAUCCUCUAUAUCAUCAACUUUGCCUUGAUUUUGAUCAAUCAAAUCUAUUUGAUACACAAGAAAAUUCUACGAAAAUAACAUACAAUGAUGAUAAUGUUUUAAUAUUAUUGAAAAAAGCGUCAAAUGAUAAACAAUUAACUCAAUUCUCAAGUAGUACUAAUCGUGAAGAUAUAAAGAUGAAUUAUUUAAAUGCAUCAAAUUCUGUUGAAAAACCAAAUCCAUCAUCAACAUCAGCAAUGACAAAAGAAGAUUUUCUAGUUAAUCGAUCGGAUUCAUCUACAUCAUCAAAUAAUGAACAACGUAAAAAAUUAACAAAAAAACAAGCAAAAAAAAUAGCUAAAGAAAAUCAGAAAAAUCAAACAACAAAAGAUGAUAGUGAUAAACUUGUUAAUAAAAUUUCUAAAAUAACACUUCAAUCAAAUUCUGAUGAACAAAAAUCGGAUAGUAUGAAUGAUACUGGAAAAAUAAUAGCAGAAGAAAAAGAAGAUAGUUUAACAGAUAUGCCUAAAGUUAUUCAUCAUCCAGCAAUGUAUCGUCGACAUAUGUCGGAAUCACAAGUCGAAGUAGAUCGUUCAUCAAAUGGAGAAUUUAAACUUAAAGGUAUCUUAAAAAAUUCAACAAAAUAUCGUUCAUAUUCUGAAUCAUUCAAUGAUCCAAUACUUAAUAAUAAUGAUUUUAUUCCUGAAGAAUCUGUAUUUGAAGCCUAUUCUGCUGCAGAUGAUUUAACUAGUAGUAAUGAAAAUAAUAGUAUUAUAACAUCACCUGAUGAUGGCGAUAGUAGUAGUUUGUGUACAACACCAAGCUCAUCAAUGCCUGUUAAACAUGUCACAUUUAAUAAUCAAGUAUCAAGAAAAACAUUUAAACCAGGUGGUCCAGUUUCUGGUAUGAGAAAAUUAUCAUCAAAUCAACAACGUAAACUGAAAAAACGUAAACGACACGAUUCUUUUAAUUCUCAAUCAAGUGAUCAAGAUGAUUCAACAGUAGAAAAAAAUACAUCUGUUCAAUCUAAUGAUUAUAAAAAUCCUGUGGACUUUAAAGAUGUUAUUUCUUGGCAAGCAAAUGGUUCUCAAUCAAUUAAUAAUAAUAAUAAUGAAAAAGAAACACCAUCAACAUCGAAAUCUGCUGUCCAAUUUACUAAUCCUCUUAUUUUCGAAUUAGACAAUUAG